CUUUUUUCAAGGUUGGUUUGUUUUGAGCGAGUUUGAGAGUGUGAAGAGCUUGGAGUCAACCUUGAAUACGGCACUGGCCCACUGCUAGCGCACCAUGCUCCAUGCUCGCUCGUUGCUGGAUUUUGGUGCCACUCUUGGUAUGCCAUGGGCAGCGCCUGAAGGAAUACAACCUUUGGGUUUGUCCUCACUGCGAGCGUGGUGUAAAAGUGGCAGACGUAACAGACCUGAGCUGUGAGGCACAAACAUCGGAUGAUGGCAUUGAAUGGCCCUGGGUCAAGAAGGCCAUGAAGAACUUCCUGACCAACUUGCGGCUCCCGCCCGGACAGCGCGCUCUGGAACAUGAGGUUGAAAGAUUGCUGGCUUUGGCUUCGGCUCCAUUGAAAGGGGACUGCUACCUGGGCAUCAUUGCGUUGGGUUUCUUCGCCUAUCACUUCAUGGACACAAGCGAACGCCAGAAUUUCAUCCGAACGACGGUGUUUGGUGGAGUCACCUUCCAGAAGACCGUUCCUUUGUCUUAUUGGGACGUCUAUGCUUCUGGUUGGCCUAUCUUUGGGCUCCUAGCCAUAGCCGCUGAGACCGUGCAGAACGACCUGCAGCUGCAAAGUUUGCUGCAAGGUGAGCAACCUGAUGUUGGCUUGACUGGCAUUGACCUUGGACCUCGUAACUGUGAUUUUCCAGGUGGACCUGCCUCAAAGGAAGAUCAACGAUUCAUGAUGGCACUGGAAAAGAACCUCCGUGGUUCGGACUGGCUGAAUGGUGAUGAACCAUCUCCGCCUCUUCCUUUACGUACCACACUGGAGUACUUGGCGCAGACCUCAUAUCGAAAAUGCUCCUGGGGCCGUGCAGCAGCGUACUUUGCAGCUGCAGAAACUCUCCUCUCUGGCAACUCUGUGGUGUCGCUGGCUGUUUGGAACUCCACGAAGGCUUUGGUUGCACUGGGUGAGCACAACUUGGAUGGCUGUGAGCCAAACAUGACAGUGUACCAUGAGAUGCAAUCAGUGUGGCCGUUUUGGCAGAUCCUUGGGAGACUGGAAAAGCGUGGGCUUUAUGAUCAGGCGCCGGACUUUACUGCAGCUUUGCGGCCUCCACCGGCUUUGCCUGAGGCAGUUCGACUCAAGUGGCAACAUUUGUUGCAUGCCCGUCACCUGAAGGUCGAGGGCAAGAGGCUGCCAAUGCAAGCAGCUCGGCCACAGGAGUGGGGUGCCUGCUUGGACGACAAAGCUGAUCGUGCGCACAUUGCACUCUCAGCUGAUUUGGCUCAGAUUGAUGGACUCAUUGUGACCCUUCAGAGCUCAGUUUCCUCUUCUGCAAAUGCUACGAAAUUGUGCUUCCAUACCUUUGUCUUAGAGCAGCAGAAAGAUUUUAUCGUGAAGGGGCUGACAUGUGCAUUUGGAGACGCAUUUGAGACUUUGGACAUGGAAGACCAUGGACAAGUCCUUGGCGCUUUUACUCUUCAUGGUCAAGCUCGUUUGUUGAUUCAUCGUCUAGAUCCAGCGAGGAUUUGGAGCGAGGUCGGGCUAAACUUGACCAGGCCAGGUGCUGUGAUGGUCGGCGAGACAGAUCUCAGCAAUUCUCUACGCUCCGAUACAGGAAACUUGGGUGCUUUGCAUAAUUUUGCACGCUUUUCCUUGCACCAGCUGCUCCCGGAUCUGUCGAGAGUGGUUUACUUGGACGAGGACGUGGUAGUCAAGGGAGACUUAGUGGAGCUAUUUCAGGUUCCCAUGCGCACUGAACGUGGUGCUCCAGGGACCGUUGCUGCCGUCCAACGAAGCAACCAACCCUUAAAGACCUACGUCGACGUCCUUCAGCCAGCUGUGCCGCAAUGGUUACCCAGCGAAGCUCCUUCCUUCAAUGCUGGAGUCAUGGUGAUCGACUUGGAGCGCUGGAGGCAGAGGCAUGCUUCACAGCUUAUCGCUGAGUGGAUUGCCAUGAAUGCGCGCCGACGCUUGUGGCUUCACGGCUCUCAGCCACCCUUGUUGCUCCUCUUUCAUGACGAGGUGGUCUCCUUGCAUUGGUCAUGGAAUGUCGAUGGACUUGGGCAUCGCUUGAAUUAUCCAAAAAAUGUGCUAAAUGAAGCCAAGGCAGAGCACCAGACCUUGAUGUCGUUUUCUUUUUUCUCCUUUUUUCAGGAUGCCUGACAUCUAUGGUGUGGUGUUCUUACUUGUCAUGGAGGGACAUGGUCUUUUGUUUUUGCCAAGUUGGUGGAACGGAUGGCAACAUCAUAUCCAACCAUUUUGAUAGCCUGUAUACGUAAUGGUACAUACAUUCAGCAUUCAGGCAUUUUGCCACGGUCAGGUGUUGUCCGGUGUUACAAUACAUAGUGCUAAAUGCCUGUACCAACCCACAGGUCCAUUUUUCUACGAUGGCCUAUCGUUGGUCCUUCAGACCCACUGCAGGUAUCACGACCUAGGAGUUGGUCUUUCAUUCCAGCCAGGUCCUCCAUUGGACCGGGCCUUUGAAACCUUGGCGUCACCAUGGGGUCAACCGGAAACUUUGGGAGCCGCACACGCGGGAGUGCGGAGACCUGGCGAAGCUGUGGGACCUAAAAGAGAUGUUUGAAGUUAAGCUUUGGGACCUAAUAGGAAAGGCCUCCAACCUACUAGCGAUGGUGGAGUCGAGGGUGUGUUGAUUUCUGAGUGGUUCUUUGUAGUUCCAGCUUGGGAGAUUGGGAUCAGCGUUGUGCGAAGGUACUGUCCGCAGUACUCUUUCCGCGAACACACCACCACCUGCCGACCAGAUAGCUGGUUCUGUUGAGUGUGAGUGGUAAAUGUACAUAUUGCCGGGCAUGCGCUGUGUCCGCGAGUUAACGAGCGUUGCGAAGAAAUCAUAUCCAACUUCUUGCCAAUAUUUGUCUUUAAAUCGUACGCUGAACAGGUUUUCACCAAGGGGUGCUGAGUUUCUCUGAAAUCGACGCUGGCUCACAGUCCCCCAAGGAAUAAAUGCACACAUGUGAAAGCC